AUGUUCAUCCCCAAGGUCGUUCUGGAGGACUCUCUCAUCCCAUACACAACAUGGGACGAAGAUGGUAAUGUGUCGCGCCAUGAAAGGUUUAUCAGAGCCGGCUCUCACGUUGUGAUCGAUUCGCCUGCUUGUUCAGUCAAUCCGUUCUACUGGGAAGACCCAUUAGAAUUCAGACCUAGACGACAUGUGGAUGAACGAGGAUUACACAUCAAAGAAGGAUUCACUGGUUUCUCAAUCGGUCAGAGAAGCUGUAUCGGCAAGCGAUUCGCCGAAGUCGAGAGUGUGGCCCUUCUAUCCCAUCUCGUCAAAACCUACGCUUUGAAGCCCGCGCCCGUUAGACCUGGUGAGACUUUGGACGAGAUGCGGGAGAGGAUGGUUUGGACGGCGAGCGAGGAGCUCAAUUUGACGCCAGGAAACUUUUCCCUCGGUUUCACAAAGCGGACGUAA